AUGUCUCAGUCUGAAGAUCAGUUUGAGGAUCGUUCUAAACGUAUAGACAAGUUCGUUUCCACGUCUGAAGAAGUGGCUGUUUUGUCACCCCGGGAACAGUUUAUCUCGCAGGACAAGACAUCCUCCUUACAUUUCUGGACCGGAAAGAAUGCGACAGAGAAUGAUGUGACCAACAUCCAUGACCUUGCGCACGAGUUGGACGCUACAAUCUGUCGGGCCAGUAUAUUCUCAAGGGAGGUACAAGGACACGAAUCGUUAUGCUUCCUGCGCCUGUUCCCAGAGGGACUUGUAUAUCUGGAGGGAGGACCCCACACCAGCCUCUCCAGAACUGCCCGAUACGUCAAGCGGCUGUACGUCGUGACGGGGAGGAAACACGUCAGGGCUGCCUGCGAGAGGCCGACGGUAUCAGCACUUGAACCCUCCGUGGCCGUCAUACUGGACGGCUACCCUCGCGUCUACGUCUGGAUCGGCAGCAAGUGCGGCUACGUCGCACGUGUGAAGGCUAUUCAGGUGGCUCGACGAAUACGGAAUUGGCAGAGGAAAGGGAAAGCGCAUGUUGUCGUUAUUGACGAGAAAGACGAAGAACUGAACAAGUCCUUUAUGAAGAAGUUGGACGACGAGCGAGAGGAGUCGCCAGUCCACCAUCAGAUGAAUGGGCACUCGGACACUGACCGCACGGAGGAAACUAUCACGCUCCAUCGGGUGAGCGGAGAUCGGGUGCUGUAUGACAUGCCCUACGCUGCACGGAAACCUCUCCAGUACAAAUACCUUGUGUCCUCGUCGUGCUACCUGUUGGACACCGGACCUAACAACCCGCUAUUUCUGUGGGUGGGAUCUCACGCUCCGGUCACCGAGGUCAGCAAUGCUAUAUCAAGGGGAAAGACAUUCGCAGAACACAAGGAAUACCCCAACAACGUGAAUGUGUUCCGUGUUUUGGAGGGGCACGAGCCGCUAGUGUUCCGUCAGGCCUUCAAUGACUGGAGGGAUCGGCCACAAAGCCAGACAAGGAAGUACAGUGCUGGAAAUAUGGGUAGGGUGUUAUUCUCUCGAUCGAGCAAGCGAACCGUAGCUAAAGUGGGGGACACGUUAUCAGAAGAUACAGUGGAGGAAAGCGACAUCAUCAACACGGACGAGCAGCUGCAGGUGUACGUACUGAGGGACAACUCCCUGGAGUUUGUGGACAGAUGGGAUAACGGUAGUUUCUCGAACGGCCAGUGCUACAUCAUAAACAACCAACAUCUAGAUGACCGGCAUUGCAAGCGGACCCUGUACUACUGGAUGGGUAGUAAGGCCUCCGCGCCAGACAGGGCGCGGAUCGUGGAGUUGGCGAUGGUGAUGGAGGAGGCGUACCACCAUAACACCGCUCUGGUGCGUGUUCUGGAUGGAAAAGAACCCAGUCACAUGCUCAACGUCCUGGGAAAUUCAAUGAUUGUCUUCGAUAAAGACCUGGAGGAAACAUCACCGUCAGUCCAAGUCUUCUCCGUGCGGGAGUUUAUCAAGGGAAACAUUAGAGUAGCUCAGGUCCCGCCAACAGCAGCGUCACUUUACUCGUCGGCAGCUUUCGUAGUUAUCUCCCCUGACGACUGCUUUUUAUGGUAUGGACGGCGUUCUGGUGGCCCUGAGAGGGAAUACGCCAAGUACAUCCUUGGGUAUCUUCAUCCGUGCAAAAUGUACGAUUACGACAUAGUGACGGAAACGAAGGAGACGGAGGUGUUCUGGUCCGUGUUGGGCGGUAGACUCCAGUAUGAAGCAGAUUACAUCACCACGCGCCUAGAAAGGAGGAAUCCUCGCCUGUUCCACUGUUCUGACGAAGUAUCUGGGUUUAGCUUUGAUGAGACGGUUGACUUCAAUCAAGAGGACUUCACUGAACAGGACUUGAUGCUCUUCGACACAUUUGACCAGAUUUUUCUGUGGUGCGGUACGAACAUUGACUCAAACACACGCAACAUGUUUGGAGACGUUGCACAGGCUUACCUGGCCAAGGACCAGGCAGGUCGGGACUCAUGGGACAUCCAGCUGUGGUACAUCUGUCAGGGACACGAACCACACGGCUUCACCAAGUACUUCAGGAGUUGGACACCCAAGGGAUUCGGGGGAAGAGAUGUUUACAGCCUAGCUAGAAAGAGAGUGCGGCAAGAAAACGCUCGGAUUGAUAUCAGUUCAGAUAUACUCGACAGGUCCCACGUUGUUAAGGCUAAGUAUCCAUACAAGACGUUGGUGAGAGGAGAACUCCCACCUGAUGUAGACCCAGCAAACAAACAGCAUCAUCUCACAGACAAAGACUUCCUGGAGGUGAUCCGAGUCAGUCGCUUCCAGUUCUGUCAACUACCAAAGUGGAAACAAAAUCAGAUCCUGAAGAUGGCACAUCUCACUUCCGGUCACACGACGUCAGUUCCCACUUCACUCUCAGACCAAUUGUCUAUACCGUGUCUUUCCCUACACUUGCAAUCAUGACGGGAUGACUCAGUCUUCAGACCAGCAUUUGACGGUGUUUACGUUAAUAAUGGUCUGGGAUUCAAUCCCAUCACCAAUAAUUCAAAGGGACGACAACUAUGUCACUGAAGUAAUGAAAGUAUGAUUGUCAUAAUGAAAGACGAAAGUUGCAUUUUGUAGGUAUGUAACAUGAAAACGAUUCGGUGUUAAUAUUGACAAAGCAAGCUGUUUACACUGCUGUUUUGUAUUCAUUGUAUUGUCAAUGAAAUAAUUUCUCCUAUACUGGGAACAGUGCUCUGAAACGACAUUGACUAUACAUUUAUAUACUUAUUGAACACUUGGUUAACAAGCAGAACGAAAAUAUUAUUAAACAUUGAUGAUCUUGUUUGUCAGUUUAUGUAAUCACUUAUUUUCAUGUAUAUAUCUUGUCAGGAUAAAUAUUAAUCGAACAUCGAAAUAAUUUUGCAUUUAGUAUGUUCUAUACUACAAUCAUGUAAAGGUUUUUCACGAGGGGCAGUAAUUGUAGCACUGCAUAGGUUGCACUAACUUCUUCAAGUGGCAUUUAGAAGCUGGUUUGAUGAAGAGGAAUAUUUUCUUAUUGAUAGACAAUUUCUUCAUUGCAACAGAUGUUUCGGUGUAGAUCCUAACACCGUUAUCAAGCAAAUGAUGCUUGCUAUGAUCUUCCCCGAAACGUCGCAUCUAUUGCAAUCAAGAAGUUGACCAUCCAUAAAAGGUGUUCCUCUUAAUUCAUCAAAUUUCUCACACAUCAUCUGUAGAUAUAUAAUUAUAUUCGUCCUCAUAGUUUAACACUUCCUUUACAUUGUAUCUGGAAAGGUACUUGUAACAUGUCUGAUAACUUCGUACUGUUCGUGAGGACACACAAAACAUAUUCUCCUCUUCCAGCCAUCACUUUUCGUUUAUCGAAAACAACUAAGAAAUCAAGAUUUGAAUCGGGCCCUUUAGGUGUUCAUCCUUUUUUCAAUUUAUCAAUUCAGUAAAAAUACAUUUAGAGAUGCAUGUAUACAUAUACUGUAAUAUACUGUAUUAGAUAUAUUGUUCUGUAUUAAUGCCUUGUAAAUAAAUUCAGUCUCUUCAUUA